AUUAUGUUCACGGGACUCAGAGUUUAAGGCUCCUCUCCCAUAGAGCAACUCUGCACAACCCAAGCAGACCAACUUUGGGACUUUGAAUGAACAUAUUUACAUCCACCUUUCUCUUCAUGUCGACUUUUCUGGAAACAUUCACACGGAUGCCAUGGUUACUCCUACCACGAUCUUACAGGUGAACAAGGUGAUGUCCAUCUUGUUUUAUGUGAUAUUUCUCGCUUAUCUUCGUGGCAUUCAGUCUACCAACAUGGAUCAAAGGACUUUGCCAGAAGAUUCAAUAAAUUCUCUUAUUAUUAAACUCAUUCAGGCAGACAUUUUGAAAAACAAGCUUUCUAAGCAGAUGGUAGAUAUUAAGGAAAACUAUCAAAACACAGCACAGAAAGCAGACACUCAGCAAGAUAUGGAUGCAGAUGACAAUGUGAAAUCAGACUUCCAGCCAGUUGUUUCAGUGGACACAGACCUCUUAAGGCAACAGAGACGUUACAACUCUCCCCGAGUCCUCUUGAGUGACAACACACCGCUGGAACCACCACCGCUGUACCUCAUGGAGGAUUAUAUUGGAAAUUCAGUCAUGGUGAACAGAACCUCCCGGCGGAAAAGGUAUGCAGAGCACAAGAGCCACCGAGGGGAAUAUUCUGUUUGUGACAGUGAAAGUUUAUGGGUCACAGACAAAUCGUCUGCGAUUGACAUUAGAGGACACCAGGUAACUGUGCUGGGAGAAAUUAAAACAGGCAACUCUCCAGUUAAGCAAUACUUUUAUGAAACGAGGUGUAAAGAAGCCAAGCCUGUAAAAAAUGGCUGCCGAGGCAUCGAUGACAAGCACUGGAACUCCCAAUGCAAGACAUCCCAAACUUAUGUUAGGGCACUGACUUCAGAAAACAAUAAACUGGUAGGCUGGAGAUGGAUAAGAAUAGACACUUCCUGCGUGUGUGCGUUGUCAAGGAAAAUAGGAAGAACAUAAAUCUGCAUCUCUUUGCUAUAUAAAUUAUUACUUUAAAUUAUAUGAUAUGCAUGUAGCAUAUAAAUGUUUAUAUUGUUUUAUAUAUUAUAAGUUGACCUUAUUUAUUAAACUUCAGCAAAUCUACAGUAUAUAAGCUUUCUUUCUCAAUAAACAAGAGCAAAGGGUGUGUGCCUCUGCGGGCAAAUCUAGGGGUUUUUUAGACUAUUUUUGUGACACUGCUUGUCAGUGGCAUACCAUAACCUUACCGUAAAAUCUGUGUAAAAUCAGUAUUUUUCAUUCAGUAUUGUCAAGCCAGUGACUGUCAUUUAGUAAACUUGUGAAAAAUCACAUCAAUGUCAAGACUUGUGUACAUAUUUAUAUUCCCCACUCUACACAUCCACAUUUAAUUGAAUGGAGUGUUGACUCCUCACUGCCAAUACAAAAAUGGACCAAAAUACAUGUUGUAGCCUGAAAAUGACAUCAACAUUAUAGAUAUCAAAUAACCAUAAAACACACUUUAUACGUAUUAUCCUAGUUUUGCCAUUUAAAUGACAUUUUCCUUCUGUUGGCAUUUCUGAAUGACUGCUAAUGAUCCAGCAACUUUGGUUUAUCUUUUGAAGAGCAGUUGUUUUGCAACUCUUUCUAAAGCUGCCAGUUCAUCAUAUGAAAAAUAUGAAAAAAAUCCAAAAUAUUUAUAGCAGAAACUCACAAAAGCCAAGAACAAAUCUAAAUUUAUCAUUAAUAUAAUACAUAAAAGACUAUUUGUUCAGAAUUUUUUAUGUUUUGUGAUCAGACUCUUCCUCCUCAUACUAAUCAAUUAUUUUCUGUUUGCAUUGUUGCUUCAUCCCUCUCUGUCUGAGUUUCUAAAGUAGAAACAAAGCUGGUGGAGUCUUGACAUUAAAAGAGCCCUUAGUUUACAAAUUAUAGUAAAAAAACUGCCACGGAUAUCAAAGCUACACAUCUGCAGGAAGUUAUUCUCCUCAGCAAUUGAUUCUCCAUUUCUCACACAGCGGGAAAAAUGUGUAGAUCUGCUCAACAAACCUGGUAGCUUUCACAGGAACAUGAAAUAAAACACCUUUUUGAGCUCUAUGGUGAUUAAAAUCCUAGUAGUCCAUAGUUAUAAUGAAGUUCUUCAACAAUACAGGUGAGUUGUUACUUAGGAUAGACAUAUGUACUUGCACAAACGUAUGUACCUGUAACUCUUCUUCAUGUUGUUGUGUAGCUCCACUGAGGACACUAAUAACUACACUGCUUGAAGAGAUAGUGUAUUACACAUUAACUGUAUAAUGCCCUGGAUGGGAUCCCACUCCCAUAAAAAAAAAAAAAGGGUUUUGUUAUGGAUAUCAAUGGAAUUAAGAUUAGACAGCAUAUGCUACCUGUGUCUUGCCAGAUCUUAACACUCAGUCAGAGUCAAAAACUGCCAGCCAUUCAAAAAGCAUUACAGCUGUAGUGGUUUUAGGAUUUUACAUCAUGAUUUUCACUGUUGUACAGUAUUCAACGUCACAAAUGAGAAUGAGAUCAGAGCACUCAAAACUAAGGUUGCAGAAUGCCUUUUUUCAUAGACUUUUUACUACUGGAGAACCAACUUCAAAUCUGCAACAGGUCAUAAAGGCAGCAAAUUGUGUGGUCUCCCCUAAUCCCUUACAGAGAGCAUAACACAUCAUAAAAUCACCAGAGAACCAGGCAGGUUGCUCAUGACGUCAAGCACUGCAAUGGCAGUGACUCUGAAAGCAGGGUUGGAGCAUGUAGGUAUAAUUCUGUAGGAGGGGGCCAUAAACAAAGGUUUUGAGAGCGAUCCCAAUUUUCAAAAAGAGGCUAGGGUAUUUACAUCACUGGAAAGAUCAGCACUUCACAGGAUUAAACCCUAACUUUACUUCGAGCAAUAAAAACUUCAGAGGUUCUAUACCAAGGAAUUGUUAAAAGUAUAUGGAUUAUGUAAUGUAACAAGGAGCGUGGUGUCUGAUAGAUCUGACUAGAAUUUUUCCUGCAUUCUCCUUCCUUGGCAAACAUUAAAAAAAAAAAAUAAAUCCUCAGUAGAACUUUCUCUUGUUUUAUUAAUAGGAAAAUAUAAGUUUCAACAGGGGAAAAGUAAACUCUAAUCAUUCAUUUUUCUGCUUGGAGAGACAAGUGUAUUUUUCAGAGUCCUGUCCCACUGAAAAUUGUUGCAAGUUAGAAACCUAUUUUUGUACCCUGAAUUCCCAAAUAAAGAUCAUUUUCAGAUGCUGUGCUUAAUUGAGAGCAGAUAUUGUCAUGGAUCAUUAACUUUAGAGAUGACUGCACUUCAGGAUUCCAGAUAGGUCUAUCUCCAUAUGAGAAGAGGAAGUAAAGAAACUGAGUGUAGUUAGUCACUGUUGCUAUAUCUCAUUAAUAGGGAACGGCCUUGUUCCUACAGUGUGGAUGCCACGUUUAUUUACAUUGCUGUAAAUCCCGAGAAAUUCUACUGAAGAAGGAAGGGGAAGAAAAUGUAGAUUUAUAGCAAUGUAAACAACAUCAGAGUUGAUUCUAAUGACUUUAUUUCUGCUCACUGAAAAUCAAGGGAGGUUCAUUCUUUAUUAUCAAUUUGCCAUUUCCACUGUAAAUCCAGUAACAGGAAAAGUAUCUGUCUUUGACUCUUAAUUUUACCAACACACCAAUUAAUUUAUUAGAGGUCAGUAAAAAUGUAUCAGGGUAACAACACCUGCCAUCUGAAAGGCAUUACAUGAGAAAGAAGCACGGUGCAUAAGGUUAUUAGAUUGGUCACCUCUUUCCCACUCCAGUGUAACAAUGAACGGAAGUGUUAUCCUCUGGAUCUGAUCCAGUUUCAACUAAAGUAAAUGGAAAAAUUCUCACCUUCUCCAGUGAGACCCGGAUCAGGCCCUCAGCGAAUUAAAACCUGAAGAUCUCAGCCAAAGAGUGGAGCAAUCGCACACAUCAGUUAUGCGUUCUUGUAAAUCCUGUGUACACGUAAGAUGCUGUAUAAUUUUGUAACAACUUUGUAAACAAAGCCUGUAAUAAAUUUGUUAAGGCCUAAUCCUGUUUUCACUGUAGCCGGGGAUGGUUUUAUUGUGAACUUUGGUCAUGGCACAAUGAAUUUAAAGUUCCUAUACAACUUUUUUUGUAUGUGUGUUAAGUAAUUAAGCAAAAUAUUCAGCUUGCAAUGCUAGUUUAAUUGAGUAUUCUAAAACUUACUCCCACUAGGCAGCUCAGAUGCUCUGUCAAUAUUGUUUUGCCAAUAGAUCAUUAUAAACACACAUUUUAUUUUUCUUUUCUCCCAAACGACUGAACGCUGUUCUGAAAUUGCCUGCCUGUGUCAAGCUGUAUUUUCUUAUUUUUUUUCCCUAGUUUUUUUACAGUCCAUUUAGUAACAGUAAAAAAUGCUCCACUGAGGUCUUGGGAAACCAUCUGCAUUUAUUUUAUCACCUUUGAACAUGUGUUCAGGAAUGAAGUCUGUGCAGCAAGUUUACUGCUACCAAGAGAUUUGUGGGGCUGCACCAGGAAGAAACUUUGAGCGGACUAUACAGAGUGUGUGCUCAAAACCACUCUGCUAAUACUCUGUUAUUUCGAUACUUUACCAAUCAGUCUUUAGCUCCGCUACACAUUGUGUAGCUGCAGACAAUAACAAACAGGAAACAAGUCUGAUUGGGAGUAACAAAAUUAAAAAUUUAAUGAUAACGACCUGGUAUUUCUGACCUUUCAGCACAUGCAUUUGUGCAGCAAAAUGCAUAACCAUUUAUUUCAUUUAAUAGAAACAUUGUGGCAAAACCAAUGGGAUUCUAUGUUCUCUGCUUAGUAGGUGUAUGUAAUUCAUUGUGCACGGGAACGCAGGGGCAAGGGAGGAGAAAGAGCGGAUAAUAAGCACUACAGCUUGUGAGAAGGAAAGGGCUGUGCUCUGGGUUGGAGCAUUUUAAAGUGUGGAGACGUUGCUUUCUGAAAUGUGUUGCCUGUAUUUUGUUACAGCAGAUGGCAGAAUGACGAAGCAAGCACAGAUGUGGUGUAAAAAAGUCAAGCAAUAUAAGGAUAACAAAACCUUUCCUGAGAGAGUGGGCCAUUUACUACUGCUGUAGGUCCUUGUAGUUCUAUGCAGGUUAUUGUAGA